UUCAGUUCUUACUUCUCCCGUUUUGAUCACGAGAAAGUUAUGUGCAAAACAGAUCAGAAAGAGCAGAAACUGAGCAGAAAGAGAUUCUUUGUUUUCUCCCUCGCUUUGGAGGGUUGGCUUUUCAGGACAGUAAAUCAAGAAGAUGUCCCAAGAGGACUUGACGUGCAAAGUCUCAGCUUUCAAAAUGUUAUUUCUGCAAAGUCUUUGAGCUGCUUUCUGUUCACGCAAACAACUUCGGCUGAAGUGGCUCAUUUUCAGAACAGUCUGAGCCGCAACUCACAACUGCCACAAGAAAACAACAGCGUACCUUUUUCAAUGAGCGUUCGAUGGUCGUACGAUGUCUUUCUGUCCAAACUGUGCUCUCGGCUUGAAAUUCACAGGAGGCGAAUCAGCAUUAAAACAUUUGGAGUCUCAACCUAAGUUUGAAUUUAAACAUUUUUCUAGCAAUGUUCGCAAGAAAACUUUUCUGUUUUUUCUGGUCUCUCGCAACGUUGUGAGACUUCAUUCAUCCGCACAGCGGACUCUUCAACGGCUGUUGGUAGGUGAUCCUGCUGUCCUUCGCUCACAGACCUUCCUGUUUCUUGCCUUUCCUCAACGCAAAUCUUUCCACGGAAACGAACUUGAUGAUUAGUUUAAAGGAGGAGAAACUUGCUCUUGACACAGCGGGAGUUCUUGGAUGAUUUUUGUUUACAGCUUGACUACCAAGGCAGCUGCAUGCGAUUCUCAGCAGCGCAGUGGCCUGAACAACGCUUGUUUGAAAAGGUGUCGCAGGUAAGGGUCGAGAAUUUGCAGACCAGCAGCUUGGAUCCUUCGCUUUUGAAAAACCAAUGCUUUCAGUCACGCUUUGAGCUAAUUGAAACGGUAGCGGCAUGUUGCCUGGCUUAGCACUGCUCUUCUCGCCACCGCGAGUUGGUCUCAAUGGACAUGGUUUUUGUUCAAUCAUUCAUUCGAAAAACAAGAAAGGUGGUCUUCAAAGUUUUGCAAGUCACGUUGAUUGCAUUUGAAGCACGCAGCUUGUUCAUUCAUUUUGGGAUCAUGCAGUUGUUGUCAUUUUUUUCCUUACAUUGGUGGCCCUGUCAUGCUGCUAUGAGAACAAAGCAACGGAAACGAGGCUGGGUCAUUUUGGCCGCGUGGCUUGUGUGGUGGUUUGUUGUGAGCCCAUGCAGAUUUUUUUGUUCGCAGCAACCUGGCAAGCGACAUGGUGUGGGACCUUUGCUUGCAGUGCCCAAGGACCAAAAAGGAAUCAAACCAGUCGAGGAGAUGGGCUGGUUGACGUUGACGCUUUGACUACGGCACGACGUCAGCUGAAACUUGCUUUGGACCAGCAAGCAUCUGCGCAAAAGCAAGUGGAUAUGGCAUUGGAGGACUUGGGAAAAGCCAGAGAAACAGGAAAUGAGGAGAAGGUAAAAGAGGCGAAAGUGGAGGUGAAAGAAGCGGAGCUGAAGGUAAAAGAGGCGAAAGUGGAGGUGGAAAAGGCGAAAGAGGAGGUGAAAGAGGCGAAAGAGGAGGUGGGAAAGGCGAAGAAGGAGGUGGAAAAGGCAGAGGAGAAGGUGGGCCCAGACUUCUCUCUCUCGGACACUGAAGCGGCAAAGCUUCUUGGAACGCUGCUGUUUGAAUAUGUGCCGGUGAAUGACACUUUUGCCAACUAUUCGUCAGCCUUUUCAUACAUUGUCGACUUGGACAGGGGUCCAUUCAGAGGAAAGCUGGCCUCAAAAAAAAAAGUAAUGAAGGCGAAGCUUCUAGAUCGUGAACAGGAGCUGCAACUUAUCAUGAAGAUGUUUCUGGAAAGGUCAAACACAUUGUUUGGCCGAAGUAGGUCAGACAAAGGUGACUCCCCAGCCAUCCUGGUGGCACAGGCACCUGGAGCAGGCAAGAGCCAUUUCCUGGCCGCGCUCGGAGAGGAGCUUCCGAUGCUCUACGACCUGGAUGGCAGAAACCAGACACCGAUCGUCUCGGCUUUCACCUACAACUCUGGAAUGACAGAUGAAAUUGAGAAUCUCAAGGCUGACUUGGCGCUGCGGGUUCUUUAUGUUGCUGCAAGGCACAUGAGCAGGACAAAGUGCGAGUGGCGUGACUUCUUAAAAACAUGGAAGUCUCACGAGAUUGACUCGAUUGACAUCGAUGCUGUGGAAAUCCUGCGUAGAUGGUACGGUGACCGUCCCGUUGUGAUCCUGGCUGAUGAGGUGGGAAAGUCGAAGGACGAAGCUUUGGUGCGGCAGGAGCUUUGCAGAGCCAUGGACCGUUGGGGAGGCCAAGUCUUUGUCGUCAUGUCUGCUCUUACCAACUACGCAGCAGCUAUGGAGAUGUUCAGGGGCAGCAAUCGAGGGGUCUACCUUUGCACUUUGACAGUGCUGGGUACUGAUGCCAAUGACCUUUUAUCCCAGACGCUCCGUCAGCUGCCUCAGAAUAGAGGUAUCAAGAGGGGCAUCUUGGAGUACCGAAGUGCUCUGUCCUGGGGAGCUACUGGCGGCUAUGCGCGGGCCAUUGAGGAGAUGGCUGAAUACGUCAGCAACUCUGGCGAAGGUCUUAGAGCUGGAGUUGUCUCAAGGGCCACGAAGCACCUUGGAACAGUUCGUCCCUUGCCCCCAAUGUUUUCCACGAAGGAUUUGGAAACUUUGUUAGAGAUGUGGGAAGAGCAAGGGUGUCCUUUUCGGUCUUUGCUUGACAUUACGAACCUGAUGCCUAAAGCCACCUACGAAGGGAGGGUGCUAAUAGAUUCAGUUUCGAGGGGGAGGAUGCAAGUCUUGUACCUGCCGACUGUUGCUUCAUGGCACGCAGCCAGUUUCUUGACUUCGGUGUGGAAAAGAGAUAAGAACAUGCCUCCCAGAUGUGCUAAACUCCAGGGUUUGGCCGGCAGCGCAUACAAAAACAAAGUCGAUGCCAUUGACGAGAGCAGCGACGAGGAGACCAUGAAGCAAGCCAGCUCGUACUUCACUGAGGUCGUGGCAGCUUUUGCUGUCAUGUUUGCCAUUGUGAAGAAGUACAAGAAGCUGCCGCAAGUUCUGAGAGAGAGCCAAAGCGCAUGCAAUACAAUUUGCGACAUCAGCUUCGAUGAUUCGCUCUCGCAGAAGAAGGAACUUGCCACGCAAAGCCCGGCUGAUGCAGGUGAGAAGUUAGCGUCAUUUUUGGGAAAAGCCAUGGAACUGAGCCAACAGAAGGGCAAGGAGCAACCCUUCUUAGUGAUCAUGGCCCCACCAAACUGCAAGGCUAUUGACUUUCUGAUCUUCUGCCAAGAACAGAGCAAAUUUGUGGCUGUUCAGGUUAAAUCUAACACAGUGACUGAAGCCAAAGCCCAGAAUAUGCAAAAGGCAGCCUUGCUGCAAGCAGCGAAGGACAUCAGCUCUGCCAGUGCCUCCUUGCAGCCUGUGGCCUUCCUUGCUGUAGUCGGCUCCAACUACACAGAAAUGGAGGACGCAGAAAUGGCUGACACGUUUCUCCUGCAGCACGAGGAUCUCGUUGCCCUCAUCCCACCCUUCCUGCGACAACUCUCGGGUCUCGCUGCAGGGGUGCAAAGCGUGGCAGGUGAGGAUGCGUGAGUGGAAAAGGAUGGAAAAAGAAUCCAAUGCAGAU